GUCCAUCCCUGAACCGACCGACCGAACGACAACAGAACAGCCCUCUGCUUCCAUCUUCUUCAAUUUCAAACUCAAUCGUCUUCUUCACCCAACACACGCCCGCCCAAUCCAAUCAUGUCUUCCUCCGCCGCAGCAGGCACAUACAGCAACCCGCUGAAGAAAUUCAAGCUGGUAUUUCUUGGGGAGCAGAGCGUGGGCAAGACGUCGUUGAUCACACGGUUCAUGUACGAUUCAUUCGACAACACCUACCAGGCCACCAUCGGCAUUGAUUUUCUUUCCAAGACGAUGUACCUCGACGACCGAACAGUGCGGUUACAGCUGUGGGACACCGCCGGGCAGGAGCGGUUCCGGUCUUUGAUCCCGUCGUACAUCCGGGACUCGUCGGUAGCGGUCGUGGUCUACGACAUCACAAACCGCACGUCGUUCAUGAACACGUCGAAAUGGGUCGACGAUGUGCGCGGCGAGCGCGGCAACGACGUGAUCAUCGUGCUGGUCGGCAAUAAGACGGAUCUGAACGAUAAGCGCCAGGUCACUACCGAGGAGGGCGAGAAGAAGGCGAAGGAGUUUAAGGUCAUGUUCAUCGAGACCAGUGCUAAGGCUGGCCAUAAUGUGAAGCCGCUCUUCAAGAAGAUUGCGCAGGCGCUGCCCGGGAUGGAGGGAUCUAUGCCGGAUCAGAAUGCUGAGAUGAUCAAUGUCGAUAUUCGGAACAACGACAGUACGCAGCAGGAGGGGUGUGCUUGUUAGACGGACAUUGCGGGGAGCGUGACUUUAAUAUCGAUGACGCUAGAUGUGGGAAGCUCGAGGGGGUCUAUAUUACGACGGUGACGGUGAUGCUUAAUGAAUUCAGUGGGCGAGGCGAGGUGGACCGUUAUGUAUCUGUGCCGAUUGAUUGAAUGACUGAUGCAUUUAUACUACUGAGGAUUGCUAUGCCCUCGUUAUUGAUUAUGUUUUCGAUUUGGGUGUAGAUUUGUGUAUCUGCUCUGCUGCUUCCUUAC